UGCGCAGAGAGAGAGGGGGCAACAGCGACGGAGAAAACAACAACAACAAGAGAACAGCGAGAUGGCUCCAUGAAUACAGGCCAACUUCACUCUCACCCAGUUACUAUCCACAACCUACCCGACUGCUGCUUUCUCACACGGCUGGAUUAGAUGGUGCCGGGCCCAUGAACUUGGCUAGUCAGAGCGGGGAGACCGGCUGUAGCCAGCUCCUCUUCGCCAACUUUAACCAGGACAACACGUCUUUAGCUGUUGGAACCAAAUCAGGCUACAAGUUCUUCUCCCUGUCGUCUGUGGACAAGUUGGAGCAGAUUUAUGAAUGUACGGACACAGAGGAUGUGUGCAUUGUAGAGCGUCUGUUCAGCAGUAGUCUGGUGGCGAUCGUCAGUCUGAAGGCUCCUAGGAAGCUGAAGGUCUGUCACUUCAAGAAAGGAACGGAGAUCUGUAACUAUAGUUACAGUAACACUAUACUGGCUGUCAAGCUCAACAGACAGAGGCUGAUAGUAUGUCUGGAGGAAUCUCUGUACAUCCACAACAUCAGAGACAUGAAGGUCCUGCACACCAUCAGAGAGACACCUCCCAACCCCUCAGGGUUGUGUGCUCUCUCCAUCAGUAAUGAUAACUGUUACCUGGCCUACCCCGGCAGUGCUACAAUAGGAGAGGUCCAGGUGUUCGACACGGUCAACCUGAGGGCAGCCAACAUGAUCCCAGCCCAUGACAGUCCAUUAGCAGCUGUGGUGUUUGAUGCUAGCGGAACCAAACUGGCCACAGCCUCGGAGAAGGGUACGGUGAUUCGUGUGUUCUCCAUCCCUGAGGGACAGAAACUGUUUGAGUUCCGCCGAGGAGUCAAAAGGUGUGUAUCUAUCUGUUCCCUGGCCUUCAGUAUGGAAGGCCUCUACCUAUCAGCAUCCAGUAACACGGAGACGGUCCACAUCUUCAAACUAGAGACGCAGAAAGAGAAGCCAACAGAGGAGCCGACGACAUGGGGUGGAUACUUUGGAAAGGUCCUGAUGGCUUCCACCACCUACCUGCCCUCUCAGGUAACAGAGAUGUUCACUCAGGGACGAGCCUUCGCCACCGUACGACUGCCCUUCUCUGGACACAAGAACAUCUGUGCUCUGGCCCUGAUCCAAAAGAUUCCUCGUCUCCUGGUAGCAGCAGCUGAUGGAUAUCUGUACCUCUAUAACCUGGACCCACAGGAGGGGGGAGAGUGUACCCUGAUGAAACAACACAGGUUAGACGGCAGUGCUGAGCCGCCCAAUGAGAUCCUGGAACAGGGGUCACAUGACCGACCCCUUACUGCACAGACCUACAACACUGCUGGGAUGAAAGGUUACUGUGAGGAGGCGGGUGCAGUGGGAGGGGCGGGACUAGAGGAUGACCUCAGCGAUCUGCGAUUGGACGAUGAGAAUGAAGAGCAGCCGCCACUCAUCCUGGAGACGGACUGACUGACAGCUACAGCAACCAAUCAGAGAGCCCCUCUGGUGCUGCUAGGAACAUGUAACAUGGAGGGUGCGAUUAAAAACUCUCAGCGUUCAACAGCGCCUCUGUCUGUCUGUCUGUGGAUGUAUACAUGUUUCUCCCUCCCCCUCUGUCUCCCUCCCUCCCCCUCUGUCUCCCUCCCUCCCCCUCUGUCUCCCUCCCUCUGUCUGUCUGUCUGUCUGUGGAUGUAUACAUGUUUCUCCCUCCCUCCCUCCCCCUCUGUCUCCCUCUCUCCCCCUCUGUCUCCCUCCCCCUCUGUCUGUCUGUCUGUGGAUGUAUACAUGUUUCUCCCUCCCUCCCUCCCCCUCUGUCUCCCUCUCUCCCCCUCUGUCUCCCUCCCUCCCCCUCUGUCUGUCUGUCUGUGGAUGUAUACAUGUUUCUCCCUCCCUCCCUCCCCCUCUGUCUCCCUCU